UUUGGGGGUCAUAGGCCAAAUAAAAAAGACUUUUGUUUCAUUGUCUUUGCUUAUUAAGCCAGAUUUUCUUUAGACACAGAUAAGUGGAGAAAAUACUAUCCCAAAAGCAACCAAAACAUUUCUCUCUUUUUCUGUCUCUCCACUCCAUGGACUCGCAACUCAAGCAAUGGAGAAGUCAGCAGCAGAAUGAGUCAGAAGAACAAAGGUAUGCAACUAAGAUGUCCAACUCUUUCUCCCAUCAGAUUCAAUCCCAAACUGCAACUUCUGCUACUGCUCUACCUCUCUUUGUCCCUGAAGCCACCUCUUCUUCAUCGUACUCAUGUUUCUCUCCUGAUUCUUCCUCUUCCUCUUCUAGGUUUCUCAAGAUGGGAAACUUUUUUACCUUGGCACAGUGGCAAGAACUUGAGCUACAAGCACUGAUAUACAGAUACAUGUCGGCUGGUGCUUCUGUUCCUCAAGAGCUCCUCAUACCAAUCAAGAAAAGUCUCUUCCAUCAGUCUCAUUUGAACUUCCUUCACUAUCCUCUGCCACAUAACUUCCCCCAUUACCAACCCUGGUACUGGGGAAGAGGAGCAGUGGAUCCUGAGCCAGGGAGGUGCAAGAGAACGGACGGGAAGAAAUGGAGAUGUUCGAGGGAUGUUGUAGGCAGUUACAAGUAUUGCGACCGCCAUAUCCACCGUGGUCGAAACCGUUCAAGAAAGCCUGUGGAAACCAGCACAAAUACUGCCACAAAUGCCGUAUCUUCUUUUGCCUUAGGCGAGGAGCUUGGUCAUGGACCAAACAAUCUCUGCUCUUCACAUUCUUCAACUCAAGAUCUCCAUCUUAAUAGUCAUUUAAGUUGUUCUUCAGAUAUGAAACAAGAAAGCAACAACAACAACAAGAGGCCAUAUGAAGCUCACGAUGGAGGAACAAGCGAUGGUCACAUCCUGAGGCAUUUCUUUAAGGAUUGGCCACGAACAUCAGACUCCACCCCACGUCCAAUGAACUCAUCGACAAGUCAUCAUUCCGUCUCCAUGCCCAGUAACGCUUCAUCAGAUGUUUCUCUAAAACUUUCCACAUGCAAUGAAGAAGAAGAAGAAGCAAACAUGAGAAACAACAACAACAACAACAACAAUGAGAAGGAGCAUCAACAAAGCAUGAAUUGUUGGAGCAGUGGAGGGAACCACCAGAAUAUGGAUGGACCAUUGGCUGAAGCCUUGAGGUCAGCCUCUCCGACUUCCAGUCUUCUUCAUCAAAUGGGAAUCUCAACAGAAGUCUUUCGUUGAAGAAAGAGUUAUAAAUAAACAAACCAAGUCCUCUUUUAGCUACCUUUGAGUGUGCAUUUCUUGCAAAUGUUUUUCUAUGAAUUGUUUUCUUUUUCCCUGCAUAAAUUUUAAUAUCUAAAUCGUUAAGCAAAAAAAAAAGAAAAAAUAUAUCAAACAAGAGUUUUUAUGCA